UAAUUAUUAUUCGGGAGGUGCUGAUUGGUCGUUCCCAAUGUGGCAAUCGUAAGAAAAAGCUACAAAAGAUACCAGCGCACUUGACCGGCCCAAUUUUUCUCGACCGUUUCGUAGCAAGUGUCACCUCCGGUUGUUCGACAAUGAAAAAUCCAUGUUGGAUGAAACAUUAACAAUACCCACAAAAAUACUCAAAAUAAACGUUUUGAGGAAACAAGUUGUCGGUGGUCGAUAUCUCCCAGCGAAGAUUGACAUUUGCGUCAUCGUACGGUGUAAUAAUUAUAAGAAAGACAGGAUUAAUAAUAAUAAAGACAAGAGAGCAGGAGGAAUCUAGGAUAAAUUUUUAACAUAGAUUUGGAAAAUUUCGAAUCGUUUCAACGAAGAGAAUUUGUUGAGAAUCGAGGCAAAUAAAGAGAACUAAAGUUCCAAAAGACUCGUUAAAAGUAGUCGAGAACGUGCAACAAAUUCCUCAAUUUUCCAAAAAGGAAUUGCCGAGUGAAUCGAAAAACUUGGAGGAACCCAAGGAACCGAAAGACGAACGAAAAUGCAAGGUCCCACGCCGCUAACGUACGUAUCCACGAAGCCAAGGUGGAAACACUGGCCAACCUACAUUUACGACAAGGACUACAGUUACGGAGUCAAUUUCUAUCAACCGAUGCCGGAGUAUAUCGAUCGCCAAGGUCGAAAUUUCUCGUUAUCAAGCGAUUAUCGAAGCCACAGAUCGCAAUUACCCUGGUCGGAUGGUAGAGCUUUAUGGGAGAACAGGCCUGUAGAGACAUACCCGAGACGCGAACUGAUCAGUCGGGCAAUCGACGCGGAGGACGAGGCCAGGGAUCAUCUGUCCCACUUCAAGAUAGCGAAUCGGUCCAACUUCAGCUUCUCGAAAGUCUCUGAGGCUAGUCACGUGACCAGAGAAAUAUUCCCGCGAAAACCAGAGGAAAUCAAACCUCCGUCAAACUUGCUCCUGCUCGUGGAGAGUGCACGCGUGAAAUCCGCAAGAGAGCGUGAAAUGGCCAACAUCAAUAUGCGAUCGUUGAGAGACGUGCAGACCAUAGCCGAGAUAGAAGAGAAGCUCAAUCAAGGGCAAAGUCUGCGUGGUAAAUCAGCCAGAGCGAUCGGUUUCCAUCUAACAGCGGAAUCGCUGAAGAAGCUGAACAGAAGUCAAGAAUUGGCUGAUAUUCGGAAGAAGGAAACUGCGUCAGCAAAUUAUUUGCUGGACAGCAGAGAUCGGCUGAGGAUCUUGGAAGAGAAGACGAGGUAUUUGGACGAGGAUGAUCUGACCGCGCCGUUGAACAGCCUGAGCAGGGAGCUGAAAGGAUACGAGGAGAAGUCGAGCAAUUACUUCCUGGACAAGAGGUAUCGACACCCGACCAGACCGAGACGAUUGUACGGAUGCCUGGGAAUCAGGCCCGCUUAAAAAGGAUGGAAAUUCUAGUAGAUUAGUUAAUUGUGUGGGUAAGACUAAUGUGACACGAAACAAUGAAGAGAAUAAACGAUAAAUGGGAAGUAAUUAUACUGUCGUUUAAUCCUCGGAGCUUGUAGACGCAGAUUAAACGAAAAUGUAUCGAUUUAAAUGAAA